AUGGAGGAGGGCGGCCGGAGCCCCCGGGAGGAGGCGGCCGAGCCGCAGGAGUCCGGCGGCGACGCGGAGCCCGGCGGCGGCGGGCGGCGGGGGCUGCUGCUUCCCCCCGGUGACCCCCCGCACCCCCACCCGCACCCGCACCGCAUCACCAACUUCUUCAUCGACAACAUCCUGCGGCCCGAGUUCGGGCGGAGGAAGGAGGCGGGCGGCCCCGGCGGAGAGCCCCGGCGGCCCGGCGCGGAGAGCCGCCGCAGCCCCGCCGCGGCGCCGGCCCCCGGGGCUCCGCUACCCGGCGGCGGGGCGGGCUCGCCGGCGGGGGAGGGCGGCCCCGCCGGGCUGGCCCUGCACGGCGCCGCCAAGAAGGGGGGGGACCCCGCGGCGCUGGAGGCGGCCCUGAAAGCGCGGGGGUUGAGCGGCGGCGACCUGUCGGUGAGCUCGGACUCGGAUAGCUCCCAGGCCAGCUCCAACGCCGGGAACCAGCCCAUGCUCUGGCCCGCCUGGGUUUACUGCACGCGGUACUCGGACCGGCCCUCCUCAGGUCCCCGCUCCCGCAAACCAAAGAAGAAGAACCCCAACAAGGAGGACAAGCGGCCGCGCACCGCCUUCACCGCCGAGCAGCUGCAGAGACUCAAGGCCGAGUUCCAGACGAACCGGUACCUGACGGAGCAGCGGCGGCAAAGCCUGGCCCAAGAGCUCGGGCUUAAUGAGUCCCAGAUUAAAAUCUGGUUCCAGAAUAAACGAGCCAAGAUCAAGAAGGCGACGGGCAGCAAGAACUCCCUGGCAGUGCACCUCAUGGCCCAGGGGCUCUACAACCACUCCACCACGGCGAAAGACGGCAAGUCGGACAGUGAAUAG